AUGUCCAGCAAACGCGCCAAAUCCAAGACCACCAAGAAGCGCCCGCAGCGUGCCACCUCCAAUGUCUUCGCCAUGUUCGACCAGUCGCAGAUCCAGGAGUUCAAGGAGGCCUUCAACAUGAUUGACCAGAACCGCGACGGCUUGAUCGACAAGGAGGAUCUGCACGACAUGCUGGCUUCCCUCG